UGUGGUUAUAGAAGGAAGGUAAUUAGCAAAGAAAAUCACUGUUCCUGUUUUAUUUGAGCACAUUCAUUGCCAUCAGCCUGCUGAUACAGCAUCACUAGAUGGCGUACUCCACACAAACACUGGCUGCAGGCUGCUUUGGGAAAAUAUACAAGGAGAAGUUUGGAGACACAUGGGCUGCUGUGAAGAGAGUUCCUUUAGGAGUCAUCAACAGACAACAGUUGGAGAGAGAAUGCAAAGUAUAUCAUAAUGCUCGGCAUAUAAACGUGGUGAAGCUUCUUGGUGAACCUUGGAUAAAAGACUCCAAGUGGAACAUUCCUUUGGAGUUCAUCUUUGGGGAAGAUCUUGAGACGACCAUCUUCAAAGUACAGCUUUCUAAAAUACAGCUGACUCACGCAGUGAAAGGCACAAUCAUCACUGGGAUGUGUGACGGUUUGCUCUAUCUGCACAGUAAAGACAUCGUCCACCAAGACCUCAAACCUGAUAACAUCAUGGUGGAGCAUCAAACCCACCGUGCUGUGAUCAUUGAUCUAGGACUGGCUAAAUUCUCCAGAAACGGACUCACCUCUGCAGUAAACUUGGGCAAUGAAGCAUAUUCAGCUCCAGAGAUCCUGCAGAAUAAUGGCGUUCGUGACAAACGCUCAGACGUUUGGGCCAUGGGUAAAAUCAUAGCAGAACUCUGCGCCAGGAUCAGGUUACCAACCCAAUUUGUGUCUCCUGUCAAGAUUUGUGAAACUCUAAAAGACCAGCCAUACUGUAAUCCAGUGUCCAGGAUGGUGGAACCCAAUCCCAAUUACAGAAGUACUAUGGCUGGAGUCAUCACAGACAUCUGGAGAGCUGCUUCACCUCAACCAGCAGACAUUAGACCAAAAGAGAUCACAAGAGACAUCACAGUGACACAUGGAAUUGACAUGAGGCCAAAUCAAAAGGGGUGUCCACCAGGACCUCCUGUUCAUAAAGUGGAGGUAAAUAAACCUCCUAUGUUAUACUAUCGACAGGAUCCACCUCAGCAGAGAGAGCUGGGAAAGGCAAUGGUACCGGUUAGAGGGGAGGCCUUAAACAAGCACUUGUCUCUGAUGUCAUUUCCUUGCCCUCUCCCUGAAACCGGAAAAGUGACUCAGGAACGCUACAUUGAGGAAAAGGGAGCCCUAGAAUAUAAAGAGAUCGUCACGAAGGGAGGGAGAAUCGUUAAAUAUGAGAAAGUGCAAAUAACCAAAGAUUCUUAAAAAAACACUAGACUUGUGUUCUGAAAAACGUUGGCGAGUACUUUCAUUCUACGUAGGUUA